AGGGCAUGCUGUGAGUUGUAGUUAGUGAAAGGUUGUAGCAGGGCAUGCUGGGAGUUGUAGUUAGUGAAAGGCUGCACUAGAGUUCUCCUUUAUUAUUGUUUUAUUCUCUUUCUUUCUUAUCUCCUUCUUCUCGUUCUCAGUCUCCUCAAGGUCGUUCCUAAUAAGAUACAUUUCCUGUAACUAAAGAAUUUCACUAUCUGCUAAUUGGCGCUAUGGACCCUGGGAAGGAGUGUGGAAAAUCACAACAAUUAUAUCACCUUUUAGAGGUGUCCACAUUUUUAUUGGUCAAUGUAAAUACGCUUUUUAUUCGUGUCCACAUUUUAAUUGGUCAAUGUAAAUACGCCCUUUGCCUUUUUAUACUGAUGCUUAAUGCAAUAAACCAGAGUUUUUCCCUCAUAAUUUUUCUUUUUGUCCGUUCUCUUUUCCUAUGAGGGAGACUCUCCUGGUACCAGAGAAGGUGACACAAACCAAGCUCCGGAGAAGAACUCUUCUUAUCAUCUUCAGUGAAGAGGAGGAGCUCGCUGGAAAAUUCACCGAUAGACGCCUGACUGGAAAGAAUCCUGGUCCUGUCCUCCUCACCGCUACUCUCCAGAUCAUCGAUCACCACAAUCACAUUGUCCUUCCCUGGAGGACACAGAAGGUAAUUGGGCCAAGUGGACCAAUGCGCAUGGACAUGAUGUAACCGGAUGGAGGAUGCCGAUGUGGAUCUAAGCUAUUAUAUUAUUGGUCCUGCCUACUGUUCUAAUUCAGAUUCCAUUGUGGACGAUCAGAACUUAGAAGAAAGCAGAGAUGGAUAUCGGGCAGCUGAAGGAAUAUAUCAUAUCUUAUACCCUCAAUAACUGCCCCCUGGGGAACCAAGGCUACAACCGGGUCCUCAUCCAGCUCAUCGGCUUCCUGGGACAUGGGAAAUCAUCAUUGAUCAACUCGUGUAAAUAUGCCCUCUAUAAUAAGGAGUUCACAGCCCAUGCUGCGGCCGGAUCAGCCGAUGGAGGUCUCACUGUUGCCAGGAAUGCCUAUCCACUCACCGACACAAUCACCAUGGUGGACAACCGAGGAUGUGCCACGCUGAACCCUUUCGAGACCGGGGAGUUUUACACCCAACUGGGGAAUUUUAUCCCAUUGAAUGAAGGAGUAGAAUGGACGAAGGAGUUUGGUGAUGUGGUGAAUCGCUUGGAAGACUCCGAUAUUGAGCCGAACUUCACUGAUAUCAUUGUGCCAGUAUUUGUUUAUAGUGUGAAGAGAGAACUUGCAGCCAAUGAGGUGGAGGAAAUCAAGACGUUCCUGAAAUCCUGUCGAGACCUGACGGGAAUCUUCCCCAUCAUCGUCCUCACCCACAAGACCAGCGGAGCCUUCUCCAAAUUCCGAGACCUGUUUGAGGGUAUGGGGGCCGAGGAGAUCUUGUCUGUGGAGAAUUACACCCCUGAAGACAACCUGAAGACCCUGGGGAGACAUCUUCAGUUCCUGAACCUGAUUCAUAAAGUCCUACUAAACGUCAACUUCAGAAUGUCAGAGGAACGUAAUCCCCGGAGAGAGCGGGCCGAGCGCAAGAAAUUCCUCACCAGAUACUUCCAUGAGAGAGAAGUGAGAAAGUGACCAGAGGAGGAGAGGAGGGAGAAAGUGACCAGAGGAGGGGAGGAGGGAGAAAGUGACCAGAGGAGGAGAGGAGGGAGAAAGUGACCAGAGGAGGGGAGGAGGGAGAAAGUGACCAGAGGAGGGGAGGAGGGAGAAAGUGACCAGAGGAGGAGAGGAGGGAGAAAGUGACCAGA